AUGGAUGUCCGUGGUGUUGACGUGGAGUUGCUCACAGUGAUUCCAAUGCAUGGCCAGACCACCGCUCAGGAGAUAUUCCGCCAGCUGUGUGAUGCCAUUGUGGAUGCCGCAUGCAAAGCACUCAUGGAUGUGGGCACACCAUUCAGUGGUGAGAAGUAUGCUGAUGCCAUUGUGAGGAAUUGUGAGGAAUUUGAUCACAGGUUUGCAGACUUCAAGACACACAGAGCCACUUUUCAAAUUUUUGCUGACCCCUUCUCCUUUGUUGUACAAGAUGUCCCUCCUGUGCUUCAAAUGGAGCUUAUUGACCUGCAGUGCAAUUCUGAACUCAAAGCCAAGUUCAGGGAGCCUCACCCAGACUCUACCUCCAGCGGCCCCCAGGAUAAGCUGAAAAACCUGAGUGCAGAGCAGAAGCUACAGAAAGUAGAAGAGUUAAAGAAGAAUCUGACAUCUCAGCAGAUGUUUUUCACCAGAGCAAAAUCACAAAGUGAAGCUGCUGUGAAAGCAAGCUUUAUUGUGGCAGAAGAGAUAGCCAAAUCAGCCCGGUCAUUUACCGAGGGAGAGUUUCUGAAGAGCUGCAUGAUGAAGGUGUGCGAUGUCUUGUGUCCAGACAACAGGCAGAUAUUGGCAAAUGUAAGCCUGAGUAGAAAUACGGUUGCUGAUCGGGUUUGUGAGAUGGCCACUGAUUUAAGAACACAGUUGAUGGAAAGAAGCAAAGACAUUAUUGCAUACUGUCUUGCUGUGGAUGAAAGUACUGACAUGACGGACACUGCACAGCUAGCCAUCUUCAUCCGUGGAGUGGACUCCAGUUUGUGCGUUACAGAGGAAAUAUUGGACAUUAAAUCAAUGCACGGGACAACGACAGAAAAAUACAUUUUUGAAAAGGUAUGUCAAAGUGUAACCGACAUGAAACUGCCCUGGAACAAACUGAUUGGACUUACAACAGAUGGAGCACCGGCGAUGUGCAGUGAAAAAAGUGGGCUAGUGGGGAGGAUGCGGGUAAAGAUGCAGGAGGAGAACUGUACUGGUGAGUUGAAAGUAUAUCACUGCAUCAUACAUAAGGAAACGCUAUGUGGUAAAGUGUUAAAAAUGGAACAUUUAAUGAGCACUGUAACGCAAACUGUAAACUUUAUCGACGUGGAAACUGCACCUGUACAGAUUCAGAUGGAGCUGAUAGAGCUGCAGUGUAAUGAGACACUAAAGGCAAAGUAUGACACUGUCCUCCUGGUUCACUCAGACUUUAACAAGCCAUUCCUGCUGUCUGUGGAUGCGUCGAGCAAUGGUCUGGGUGCUGUGCUCUUACAGGUGCCUGAAGGUGGGAACAAGGCCAGACUGGUGACUUUUGCGAAUAACAACCCCCUGACAUACAUCCUGUCCAAACCCAAACUAGAUGCAUGUGAGCAAAGGUGGGUUACCAAGUGGGCCCUGUUUGAGAUUGACAUCAAGUAUAUCCCGGGGCCCAGGAAUGUGGUAGUGGAUGCGUUGAGCCGGCAGCCCUUUGUGAAGCCCAGUUCCCUCCACAGGCUCACAAGAGUCCCCUAG